UUCUUCAAUCAAAACUCUGCGUAUAUAAAACUACAUAAAUUAGCAGCACAUCAAACAAAACCACCAUUCACCUUCCAACCAAACCAACACCCAAACCCAACCGCCCAAAAUGGUUGCAGAAAGCUCCUCUUCCACCCCACACCAAUACCCCAUCAAAACGGUGGUGGUUCUGGUCCAAGAAAACCGUUCAUUCGAUCACAUGCUCGGCUGGCUAAAGACCCUCAACCCAGAAAUUGAAGGCGUCACAGGAUCCGAAUCCAACCCCAUCUCCACCUCUGACCUCAACUCCUCCGUCAUCUUCUACGGCGACAACGCUGCAUACGUUGACCCAGACCCUGGCCACUCCAUCCAAGCCAUUUACGAGCAGGUUUUUGGCGUUGAAUGGACAGAAGCCGCACUUAGCGAGAACACUCUGACACCGAAAAUGAAUGGCUUUGCUCAGAAUGCAGAGCGCAUCCAGACGGGCAUGGGGGAGACAGUAAUGAACGGGUUUAAACCGGAGGCCGUGCCGGUUUAUAAGGAGCUGGCGAUGAAUUUCGCGAUAUGUGAUAGGUGGUUUGCUUCAGUUCCGGCGUCGACGCAGCCGAAUAGGCUGUAUGUGCAUUCAGCGACAUCCCAUGGUGCAACGAGUAAUGACACAAAGUUGCUGGUAGAAGGGUACGCGCAGAAGACCAUAUUUGAGUCGAUGGAUGAAGCUGGUUUUACCUUUGGGAUUUAUUAUCAAUACCCUCCGCCUACUCUUUUCUACAGGAACCUUAGAAAGUUGAAGUACUUAAAGCAUUUCCACCAGUUUGAUCUGCACUUUAAGAAGCACUGUGAGGAAGGGAAGCUGCCAAACUAUGUGGUGGUUGAACAAAGGUUUUUCGACCUUUUAAGCAUACCUGCAAACGAUGACCACCCAUCACAUGAUGUAUCAGAAGGCCAAAAAUUUGUGAAAGAAGUCUAUGAAGCACUGAGAGCUAGCCCCCAGUGGAACGAAAUGCUCUUCAUAAUCAUAUAUGAUGAACAUGGUGGUUUCUAUGAUCAUGUUCCAACUCCUGUAACUGGUGUCCCUAGUCCUGAUGAUAUUGUUGGUCCCGCCCCCUAUUUCUUCAAGUUUGAUCGACUUGGCGUCAGGAUUCCAGCUCUUUUAAUCUCUCCCUGGAUUGAGCCUGGAACAGUACUGCACGGACCUUCAGGACCAGAACCUACAUCGCAAUAUGAGCAUUCCUCAAUCGCAGCAACAGUUAAAAAGCUUUUCAACUUAAAAGAGUUUCUGACCAAGAGAGAUGCUUGGGCUGGCACUUUUGAGGGUGUUUUGACUCGAAGUAGCCCAAGAACAGAUUGUCCAGUUGCAUUGACAGAACCUGUGAAACUGCGAGAAGCUGAUGCAAAAGAAGAGGCAAAACUUAGUGAAUUCCAAGAAGAACUAGUGCAAAUGGCAGCAGCAUUGAAUGGAGAUCAUAAAAAGGACAUUUACCCUCACAAACUUGUGGAGGGCAUGACAGUUUUACAAGCUGUAAAGUAUGUUGAGGAUGGCUUCAAGAAAUUCUGUGAAGAAUGUGAGAAAGCCAGGGAAAGUGGAGCAGAUGAAUCAGAGAUCAUUGUUUUAGCCAAGUCAUCUACAAGCACAACACCCAAAUCUUUCAUUCACAAGUUGUUUUCUUGCUUGGUCUGUGAUAAUUGACACUUCAAAUUCUUUUAUUGAAUAUUUUCCAACAUCUGCCCAGUCAUUUGAGAACACGUGUUCAGUUUGCAUUAGUUCAUGAAGUUUGUUUGUUCAUAUUUGUAAUUGUAUUGUGUUGAUAUUGGGAAUAGUGAUUAAUUCCAUCCGCAAUGUAUUGUCAAUAACGCGUUAAUUUUGUAUUUGUGAAUCUACAUUUGUUGUCUC